AUGGCGACGAACAACCGCUGGCCGCUCCAGGAUGAGCAGGCUGGUCCUAAGCGUGCGCCCGCUGUGUCGGUGUCCGAGUUCGACGACGGGGUCAGUGAGAAGAACGAGACGCUGGUCGUCGGUACGACAAAUCUCUAUGUGGACGGGCAGCUGAGGCUGAUUCCUAUGCCCACGGCUGAUCCCAAGGAUCCACUGAACCUCCCCGCAUGGCGAAAAUGGACAGCAAUCGGUGCCCUUUGCUUCUUCGGUGCACUUGCCCUGUCAGCUGAGGUCGUCAUCGGUGGUCUCCUCCCCGUCUUCAUCCUUGAGUACUCGGGAGUCGACCCGCGCAUCCUCAACAACAUCGACUUCAAGGCCCAGAGUGGCGGGAGCGGUCUUAACAUCAAUCCCAUGUCCGUCGUGCCACCUGGCGUCAAGCCAGCUUCCCUAGAUGAAGUCGCUCUCCUAGCUACGAUGCCCCUUUUGGCGAACGGUAUUGCGAGCUACUUCCUGGUGCCCACAUCCAUCUGGAUUGGCCGUCGACCGGUCCUCUUGUUCGCUGCGACUAGUGCUUGGGCUGGUGGCUUGUUUGCUGCUUUCAGUACGAGCCUGCAACAGCACUUGCUUGCCAGAGCACUCAUGGGUUUGGGCGCCGGUGCGGUAGAGGCAUUGAUUCCUCUGAUUGUUCAGGAUAUGGUCUUCAUCCACCAGAGAAACAAGGCCAUGUCGGCUGUAGUAUCCAGUCAGGGGAUCAUCAUCAUCGGUCUUGGUGUUGCAGCACCAUGGGUAUCCGCCAACUACACCUGGAGGUGGCUGUACUACAUCACUUCUGGCAUGGGUAUCUUGGCUUGGGCCAUACUCAUUGCCUUCUUGCCUGAGACUCGCUGGACUCGUUCCCAGGAAGAGCUCAGUAUGUCUCGCCUUACCCCCAAAGGUGGUCAGAAUACCGUUCCUCUUUUGCCUGGCCAGAACCGCCCGGAGCUCGAUUACGUCAACUACACGCCACGCACGGUGUGGACCAACAUCGGUGUCUUCCAAAACGGCUUCGAGUUCAAGCGCGCUGCCAAGUCCAUGUUUGAUGCCCUCAGAUCCACGUACUUCCCGGCCAUCAUCUGGGGCGUUCUGGCCAACAGUUCCAUGAUCGUCAUCAACCAGGCCGCUCAGCAGAUCACGCCGUUUGCCCUCCUCGCCCAAGGAUGGCAGUUCCAGUGGACCGGUCUCACCGUGCUUCCCUUCUUCGCCGCCUCGGCGCUGGUCUACGUCUUUGGUGGCCCUGUAGCUGACAAAAUUUCCAACGCUGUGACAAGGUGGCAGGGCGGAAGCAGAGAGCCGGAGCAUCACCUUGCCAACUUGAUCCUGCCGCUCGUUUCGGGAGUAGCGGGCUGCUUCGUCUUUGGAACUGCCGGUGAGCAGAACAUGCAUUGGGCGGUUCUACUGGUUGGCUCCUUCUUGAUCGUCUUUGCCUUUUUGACAACCAUGACCAUUCUCAAUGUCUUCAUUGUCGAGAGCUACCCGCAAUGGGCAGGACCGGUACUCGUCAACGUCUCUUCACUCCGCAUUGUCGUCGCGUUCUUCAUCGCCUCCAAGGCGACUGUCUGGAUCGCCGAGAAAGGGCCCCUUCAAACAUUCGCCCUAUAUGCGGAGGCAAUAAUCGUCUUAUCUCUUGGGUUGCCUAUUCUCUACUUCUGGGGCAAGAAGAUGCGCCAGUGGACUGCCGGAAGUGUCAAGAACAAGCAGAGUCAAAAGGAGAAGGCUUUUGACGAUGGGGCUUCGGUGUAA